GGACGUUUUUAUGUGACCUUAUUUUAAUUAAUAGUUUGAAGUUGUUUCAGAUGAUCGCAAUAAGAAUGAGGGAAAUGAAUAAAGCUGUACAUGCAAUGCAGUGAGGAAGUCUAUCACUAUUCUACAAAACUCUUAUUUUUAUGAUUCUUUCAGGUAAUUUCCCCGACAUUCAAGCAAAGUUAGACAAUGGCUGCUCUUCCUUCGAAUUCAUGCUCGAUUGUCAUCUGAAAUACGGCGACAUUGUAUUAAUAUGGCUGUUCUUUCUUCCGUGGGUGAACGUCUCCAACAUUUCUGACAUAAAAGACGUCUUGAUCACACAAAAAUUCCCUAAAGAUCCCAGAUUUUAUAAAGAAUGUCUGGAAACUCUGUUCGGCCAAAGGGCAAUGGGAACUAGUUUGUUGACAAAUCUGGACGAUACCCAAUGGCGCCACCGACGAUCCCUGAUGAACCCUGCAUUCCAUCGUUUGUACCUACGUAACCUCAUGUGCCACUUCAAUCAAAGCUCGGAAAUAAUUUUGAGCAAGCUGCGCGAUCAGGCUGAGAAAGGUCUGGACACUAGAAUGGUAGACGCGUUCUCAUUGGUCACUUUAGAUGUGAUCUGCAAGGCGGGGUUUGGGAUAGAUCUUGACGUCAUCAAUGACCCGCACAGCCCGUUUAUUCAGGCAUACAACCUAAUUUUAAAAGGGGUCGAAGAGGCUUUUGUUAAUCCAUUUCAUAAAUGGGAUUUCACAUCGUAUCCUCGGCAAAGAGAAGUUAUAAAAGCACUCCAGUUUCUACGCAGUACAGGGCGCGAUACUAUCCGAAGACGGUGCGAAGUUAUCCGACGAGGCGACGAUAACCCAAAGGUAUUAAAAUCUAAUUUCUUAACAUUCAAAUUAUUGCCAAUUCAGUUAUUAAGAGUGAAAAUAAUUUCUUUUCCUUCUUCAAAGGAUAUUCUAGGUCACAUUCUGAGUGACGGCCGGGAUCCGAUGCUCUCCGAGGAAGACUUGAUUGACGAUUUUGUAACAUUCUUUUCAUCCGGUCACGAGACUACGUCAUCAAUUCUCUCGUUCUGUGUACUGGAACUAGCUCACAACCAGGACGCCUUAACACGAGUGGAGCGAGAAAUCAAGGAAGUAUUGGGUACGAGAAAUGAUGUCACCUACGACGAUCUACCAAGAUUUAAAUAUCUGGACUGCUGUUUGAAAGAAACGUUACGUCUAUACCCGCCAGCACCGGGGAUUAUACGAAUAACACCCGGUAAUGUUACCCUGGGUGGGUAUAAAGUUCCCAAAGGAACUACAACUAGUGCUAGUUCUUUUGUCAUGGGACGUCACCCGGGAUUUUGGGACAACCCCGGGGAUUUUAUCCCAGAACGUUGGGAGGGCGACGAUAGCUCAAUCAACGCGUGCAUUUAUUUCCCCUUUUCACUCGGGCCUCGGAAUUGUAUUGGACAGCAGUUUGCAAUCAUGGAAAGUAAAGUAGUGCUGGUCAAAUUCUUGAAAAUGUUCACUUUUAAACUUCUUCCUGGUCAGACAAAACGAAUUCAUGAGCGAGGCAGCUUGCAACCUAUGGACGGCGUGGUCUGUAAAUUGUCAUUGAGAGAAAGCUAAGAAGGCAGUUCUAAAGCCUGGCUCACAUAUACCUGCGGUAUGUCGGCGGGCUAUUGUCGUGAGCAUUUCAACCAAAUAAUUCACUGAAGAACGCAUGCAUCAACAGCCGUGUAAACAAUGAUAGCCCAGGCAUAUAUGAACUAGGC